AGUUGCGUUAGGAAAAUGGGUUUCGGGGGGAUGUUGGAUUUGAAAAUAUCCAAGCUACCUAGGCAGCUGUGCUACUGGCUGAUGUCCCGGUUGGAUGGGGGUAACAGUUACCUUGUUGGAGGGGACGGCCAUGUGUUGCCGAUAACUGCUUCCCAUUGGGAAUAUGUAUUCGGAUUCCAGAACAGCGGUCUUCCGGUGCCAGUGAAGGAGUCUGAUCUUCCUCCAGGCACCCUUAAAGCGAUGGCCCUCAAGUAUGGUGAAAAGAAUACAUCAACCUCAAAGAGCACAAUAAUCAUAGCCAAAUCUGUAAAGGAAUUGGCAGGGCCGGUUGACGGUGAAGGAAAGAUAAAGCCCCUGGCUAAUCAGCGUGAUAGGGCCUCGUUCAUGGAAAAUUUCAUGAUUGUGUUGCUGGGGCAGAUUUUAUGUCCUUCUACCGAUGGGGGUAACAUGUCUUUAAAAUUGCUAGGUGCAGUUUCCGUGGCAAAGAAUGCAUCACUGUACAAUUGGUGUGAGUUUUGUCACACAUGGCUUUUAGACUACGGAGACGCCUGUCAGCGGAAGAUAGACCAUCAGGGGUAUGCCGCUGGGACUGGUGGUUGUGUGUUGUUUUUGCUGGCAUCCUGUGAGAUGGGAUGAGUUUCCCAGGAUCAAAGUCUGGACACAGGAGGAAGUGGAUGAGGCCAAGAAUCGGGAUAGGAAAGCGAGUGAAGAUUAUGGAAGGAUUACGACUGUUGAUGUUGUGUACGGGGAUCCUCAUCCCCUUUACGGCAGGGAGGGUAGACGGUCUCCCGCAGUAGAGGUUGCUGAGAUGGUAGCACAGAUGACUUCUUCAGAAUGGAGACGCACCCUAGCUCAGGAGGUCACAGAGAUGGUUAUGGGGCAGCUUGCUCCAUUAUUGCAAGAUCGCCGGGGCGUAUCCCGUGAAAGAGGAAUGAGGUCAUAUCAUGCUACCGAUCAUUUGACGAUAGAUGUUGAUGGUGUGGCUAUGCCGUUGGACCAGUCUGUGAAUAAGGUGCUUACAGAGUUGGAUGCCGAUGACGAUUCCGAUGUGGAGUUGCAACCGUCUGAUGGGGGACGUGUAUUUGUGGGCCCUCAUGUGAGUGUGCCAGUUAUGAAUCCCCUAGACCCGGUCAGCCACGGUGAUGUACCUUUGGUCCACACUGCUGAUGAUGUUGGUGUAGUAGCAACUGACCCAGAAACAAGCAAGCACCCGGUCGACCAGACACAACAGCACGUACAGGUUCAAGCUGGUGACGGGCCACUUCCAGAUGGAAUGUCAUCGGAGAAGGUGGGACAGCUGGGUGUAGUUGAAGACAAAGAGGAUGGUGAAGACAAUGGUGAGGAGAAUGUUGAGGAGCCGGAAGAGCAGGAUGGUGGCGUCAAGGAUGGGGGGCCGAAUAAUAGGGAUGAUGACGAUGAUGAGGGACCGGCUAAUGGUCCUGUGCAAGGAACGGUUGCAGCAUCGCCCUUGGAGAACAUCGCUCAAGAGAACCCCUCUGAAGAUAAGAACAGUGAAGAGAACACCAGUCAAGAUAACCCCACUGAAGGGAACACCACUGAUGAGAAUCUCCAAACUGAUGACCAAGAAGGACCACGGGAGAAAUUGAUCCUAAGGAUUCCGAGAACAAACCCAAAAACACGCUAUCGGCAGACGCGAGUACGAAUGACAAAACUUGAGAGUGACGUAGUAGCUUAUGUGGAGUCAUACAAUCCUAAAGGGAAAGAGCAGGGGGCCAUGCUUAUCGAGUGUGAUGGUAAUGAUGCAAAUCGGAUGAUGUGCUACUCGGUUGUGCGUCCUAGGGAGUACGUGCAUUCCCAGUACGUUCGGGCCGUUGCAAACAUAUACAACAGGGAAUGGGCUCUGGAAUACCCAACGAAUUCUCGCAGAAUCAUGCUGGACUCCUCAUUUGCGUAUCAGAAAUUAAAGACGAGGGAAACAUAUGCUGGUCUGCUGAAGAAGUGGUCCACCCCUCUCCAGAAGAUUGUGUCAGCUGAUAUAUCUGUGGUCUAUGUUCCAGUUGUGGACAACGGACAUUGGUGGUGUGUUGCUUUUGCACUGAAAGACCAGAAGAUAUGGUUCAUUGACAGCAUGUAUACUAAUCCUGCUUCCGAGCAUUCUGGGGAUGUUAAAAAAUUGGUAUCUUAACCUGGUUUGGUGGGAGU